GUCCCAAAAUUGCACCACUCAGUUCGAGUGGUUCAAGGCCGAGCUGGCAAAGGUGCCAGCGAGUGACUGGCUUAUUGUGGUUGGACACCACCCGGCUGAUGAAAUGGAUGUGGAGGAUUUUGUGGCGCCGAUGGUGCAGCAUGGCUUCGAUCUCUAUUUGAAUGGUCACACUCACCUACUGAACCACUACACCAUCAAUGGAGGUGGCGCUUACGUCACAAGCGGUGCUGGUGCGAUGGUUCGCACUAAGGAUCAGGAUGACGAGGAGUCCCACCUGGUCACCGGAAAGGGCUCGAAAAAGGUUCAACUCGUGUGGGAGGAGAAGGUCGCAGGCUUCACGUUGCACACCUUCUCGUCCGACUUCAAGGACUUGAAGACCGACUACAUUUCUUAUACCGGGGACAUCCUGCAUUCCUUCAACGUGACGCGUGGAUCCGGGAGCACGCAGAUUGCUGCUCUGACUAUUCGAAGUCUUGUGCUGGGCCAUCCAGAGGCUCAUGCAAGGAGUUUGGCUGUGGCAGGUUCAACCCCAAGCAGAGCUGCCAGUGCAACUCUUACUGCGAGGAGCACAAAGAUUGUUGCUCAGACUAUCACACCACUUGCGGGGGCGUUGAGACGGUCAUCUGAGCUGGGAAGCGUAACGUAG